UAGUCAUUGCAUAACUCGCGAUGGACCAUGUUCAAACGUUAAGGUGCUUCCCCGGCUAUACAGUACAUAGAACACAUUAAUAAGUGUGCAAAAAUGUUGAGAUUUUAUUAUUCUCGGAAAAUGAGUCAUUUGUGUGCGCGACAUAAACUUAUUUUUGGUGAUAUAAAUAUUUUCAUACGGCCAGCAAUAAAUAUCUAAUACUAGGUUUCAAGUUUCAACAUCAACAGGUCUAUCGCCCAAAGGAAAAUUGACUUCAGGCUCCACAAACAUCAAGGAACGAUGUUCGUUAGUUCUUCAAAAUUGAAAUGGCUCGUAGGAGUGCUGAGAGUGAUGUGCGGGUUGCUGGCCGUCUCGUAUGCAGGCGCCAACAUCGCCGGAAAACUCAAGAUAGCGCUGCUGAAACACGGUAUCAUCCCGGAUAUCAUAACACAGGCACCUAAAUUCGGUAUCUACAUUGCCUUCGGGAAAAAGAUGACGGCCAAGUUUGGAAACUUGCUGCCGAUAGAAGCUGUUGAUAAGCCACCGACUGCCAUAAAAUGGAAGGCACGUGAGGAUGCUGUAUACACACUCAUCGCUUUGGAUUUGAACGCUACUCCGAAGGCACAUCAAACGGACGAAACGGAGUCGGAGCGGCUUCUCUGGUUGGUCGUCAACAUCCCUGCCCCUGGAAGUGACGCGGUGAAAGUAGCCGAGGGAAACACUCUCGCACCGUAUGUCCCUCCAAGCCUCGAUCCAAUCAAGGAGGAGGAUCACCGGAUUCUCUUCAUGGUAUUUGAACAACCGGGCGGAAAUAAGAAUUUCACGUUCCCAGUUUUAGAUGACGAUCCAAACGACGCGCGACGGAACGAAUUCAACGCUCAUAAGUUCAUAGAGGAGCAUAAACUGGUACCCCCGGUGGCGGUCAACUUCUACAUGACGCGAGAAGGACUCCUGGAGGCGGAGGAGACGCUCUCGAAAAAGAGGUCAAAGGGCGCGGAGGGCGUCAAGGGAGAAAGGUUCAACCCCCACGAAGAAGAGGAUGAGAAGGAGAUUGAAUAUAUUUAGAGCGCCUUAAACAGAGAAAAAAGAUUCGAUGCUCUUAUGAUGCUUAUAGUUAAUCCCAGGUACUUUCGGAUUUUCUUAUCGUAGUUACCAUAUUAAUUUCAAGGUCGCAAAAGAUACCUAAUUGCCUAUAGACAAAAAUAAAAUUCAAAAUGUCAAAAGUAGACAUUUUCCUCAGAAAAGAACGUAAGUGGAUUUCCGUGUUGCCAAAUUUUCCUCGCGCAAAUUGCAUUUCUACCAGGAGAAUUGUGGGCAUUUCUACUCUGGGAAAAAGUCUCUCGGAUCCAGAGUCCAGACUUUCAAAAAAUUAGACAAGAAAAAAUACUCUUGAUUAGAUCGGAUUUUUGCUUGAAUCAAAAAGAAAUCCGCCUAAAUUAAGAGUGUUGACUUUCGAUUCAUGUGAAAAUCCGAUUGAAUCAAGAGUAUUUUUUCUUGUCAAAUUUUUCAGAAGUCUGGACUCUACAUCCAAGAGACUUUUUUCCCAGCACUACUGAAAAUUUCAUUGAUAUUUUCUCUGAUUUCGUGCAAAAAUCAAGACGAAUUUUUGACAAAAAUUUCACGCAUGCAUUCCCUUAAGAAACUGAAUUGUUCGAGCUAAUUUUGCAACCUUGGAAUGAAAUUACGUUCCCUCGUCCGAGAAACGACGAAAUGAACGUAUUUAAAUCAAAAAGAACUUUAAUCAUCCUAACAUGAGCCUUGAGAUCCAUCAGCAUACAUGCAUGGCAGGGCUCAUGGCACAAUGGAUAUAGUUCUUUUUGAUUUAAAUACAUCCAAAUAUCUCAAGUGCUCUCUAGAUCCGACCCUGGCAGUGAAUUGUACAUUCAGAGGAUGCAAGUUUAACUACCAGGGCAGUGAAAAUAGCAUUUAGAACACAUUUGAAUCCUACAAUAUGAAGCACCAUAAUAUUAUUAUAUUCUGGUUGGUAACAAUACUUCAAUUCCGAUAACAAUGCUGUAUCGUUACCGGGAUCGAAAAAAUUGUUACCGCAAAAGUAGAAGUGUUAAGCUGCUGUCCUAUAACGAGUCCGACUGUACAAUCAAUGACAUUCGCGGGCUAAAUGGACAGUCUGCGCACUGCGCAUACGCACAUUGUCGGACUAUACAAUCGAGACUGCUCGUGUGAUUGCAGGUCAAUCACGAUGGCAUCGCGCCUUCAAUUAUGCAGAUGCAACACGGACAUCCAUCAAGCACGAAUAGUUGUAUCUCUGCGCCGUCAUCGAGUAGCGUCUUCUCCCUUGCUCUAUUUCUCAAUUUUGCCUUGGUCCCGUUUAUUUGAUCUGUAAAGGGUGCUCCAAGGGCAGGUUGGGCCUGGAAUCUACUGCAAGUCUUGUAAGAGCAUCGAUUCUUUUUUGCUCCGCGAUAGAUGGCACUACGUGCAUUUCAGAAUAAAACAAAAUGUAACUAAUGGGUCAGAUUUUCUAAUUUGUAUAUUUUUUGUGAGAACAAUGCAUUUUUUAGUUUUAAUAAAAAGUACAGAGUCUCAAA